CAAAAUAAGACUAACGCGUGACAGUGAUGCAGCGGUUUCAAGUCAAGCGUCGCGUGUCACUGUGCUUCUUUUAUGAAAGGUCAACAUUGUUGUUGGUAGAGUGAGUGAAACGUCAUUUUUAAACAUUCCGAGUCUUUUUACUCACAAAACAGAAAGGAGAAGAAGUUUGCCCAUAUACGCUGAGGUAAUACUGACUACAACAGAGCCAACAGGCUAACAACGCCGCUGUUCUCUGGAGUGUUUCGCUCUCUCAGGUACUGAGGGUAAUGGAGAAAGCUAAACAAGACGCCUUCGACAAUGCCAGACUUAAAGUGAUUACAGAUGGCUUCAAGGAAGCGUUUGCGUGCAUCAACAAAGGACUGUCAGCAGAUGAAGCUGGAGACAAGGCUAUGGCCCUGGAGCUGUACAAGCGAGGGCGCCAGCACCUUGUCAGGGCCAUCAGUGUCCCCUCACAGGGAGAGGAGUGUGUGGGCAGCUCCUGGGAGUCAGCCAGGCAGAUGCAGCAGAAGAUGCAGGAGACACUGAACAACAUCACCACUCGCCUGGCCAUACUAGAGACCAGCUCUGAUCUCGAAUCUGCACCUGUGGUGACCACUACCACUGUGUCUGCACCCACUGCUAUAGGAAUGUCUGCAGGAUGUAUUUACCCACAACUCCCCACCAUAGAGAAGCCAGAGAGACCAUCAGCACCAAACAUCCUCUCUGCUAAUGGUCAGGCAGCUGGAGCUGUUGGAGGUGUUGGCCUUCCUCUUUCGCCCAGCAUACAGCCUGCUGAUCCAGGUGAACAGCCUCCAGCCUACUCCCCUCAGGCGGCUAAUGGUCACCUAUCAAUUUCAUAUGGCACCGAUGAAGGAGAGAUGUCAGUGGUUGGGGACGAAUUUUACAGUCGCACCUCAAACUCAACACCAUCUCCCCAGAGUAUGGGCGAGGAGGGAGAGGAGCUGCUGUACAUCCCUCAUGGUGUGCAGAUAUUCUUUGUCACACCCGAAGGCCACGUGAGCGCCCCGUCUUACCCUGGUUACCUUCGGCUGGUGAAGUUUACCACUGGUCACUCUGAGAGGACACCCAACCGACCACCAGCAUUUCUGCAGGUUUGCGAUUGGCUCUACCCCCUCAUGGCCAUGAACUCUCCGGCGCUGCUGUGUAACACUGGCGUGUUUAUGUUCCCCGACAUGAUGGCGCCAUCUCCUGGCUAUUACGUGGGAGUGGUGCUGUCGUCCGAGCUGCCGCCUGCAAACAGAGAAACAUUCCGGGACCUGCUGUCACAGAUGACAGAUCUCAGGGUUCAGGUUCCAGAUGAAGCAGCAGACUCCAUUAAUCUCAGUCAGACGGUGUCCAUCGCUGCACCGGCGGAGAGCGAGGAGACGGGACCAGCAGUGACCAAGGAGACAGAGCCGGCUGCAGCUGAGGAGGACAAAGCUCUGCCUGAGUGGAGUGAAAAGGUGGCACAUGGCAUCCUGACAGGUGCUUCCUGGUUAAGCUGGGGUCUGGUGAAAGGAGCGGAGUACACAGGCAUUGCCAUUCACAAAGGUGCGUCAAAGCUCCGAGAACACAUCACUCCCGAGGACAAACCCACCCACGUCAACCCCACGGUCACCAAAGGACUCCACGUCGCCAAGCAAGCGACAGGGGGAGCUGUCAAAGUCAGCCAGCUCUUAGUGGACGGUGUGUGUGUCGUUGCCGGCUGUGUGGGUCGGGAGUUGGCUCCACAUGUGAAAAAACACGGAGGCAAGCUGAUCCCGGAGUCGAUGAAGAAAGAUAAGGAUGGGCGUUCCAACAUUGAUGGAGCUAUGGUGGUCGCUGCCAGUGGAGUACAAGGAUUGGCAACCAUGUGGACUGGUUUGGAAGUCGCAGCAAAGGACAUUGCCAAGAAUGUAGCGUCGGAGACGGUCACCACUGUAAAACACAAGUACGGCGCAGCCGCUGGACAAGCCACCGACCACGCAGUCAACUCUGCCCUCAACGUCGGCAUUACUGCCUUCAACAUCGACAACCUGGGCAUGAAAGCUGUGGCCAAACGGACGGGGAAGUCCACGGCACUGGCCAUUUUAGAGGACCACAGGCUUCAGGAGAAACCACAGAGCGGGAAGCAAGUGGAGAAACAGUUGAAGAAAUAGCCGACAGUGGCAUUUUUCUUCGUCGUUCCCGCAGCAACGCCUUAAAACGUGAUUUUGACUAGAGCUGGGCAGUAUAAUGAUCAAACAAAAAAAACAAACAAGUAUUUAUUUUUCUAUGAUAUAAUAAACAAAACUGUUUCAAGGGGGGGACCCUUUUCACUGCUGCACCACCCGAACACAUGCUAAGGUGAAGCUGUGCUAGUAAAUAGCAUGUUAGACAGGUUGGACCUCGAAGGAAUGGUGGAACAGGACGACACAGACGUAUUUGUACCUAGAAAGAAAGAGUCUUAUCUGUUUGGAAGUUUUUUUGGGCUCGUUUAAAAAGUCUGAUGUGGACCAAACACUGAUUUACUGCAGAUGUUGUUGCUGGACACAAGCAAUUUACUCCACCACUUUAGCAGAAAACACCGCAAUACAAUAUUAUCACAAUAUUUAAGUCACGAUAUGAUAUUGCGAAAUCAUAUAUUGCAGCUCUUGUGAGAGUGAGCGCUUGGCACCAUCUAGUGGAUUCAAAUAUUUAUUUAAGAUUUAUUUAGAUUUUAUGGCUGUAGAAUUGUCAAAAGGUGUUUAGAGCUGCAAUAGAUUAAUCUGUCGGUUAUUUUUUCAAUUAAUCGGUUAAUCGUUUGGUGUUCAGAAUAUCAGAAAACCUUAAGAAAUGUUGAUUAGUGUUCAGCAAACCUGGAAUGAUGAUGUUCUCAUAUGUCUUGUUUUGUUCGCAAACCAAAAUCAUUG